AUGAUCAACUCAGCAGUUGUAUAUAAUUCAACAGAUAUAGUGAAAUUUAGAUCAAUUUUUAUUGGAUGGAUGCUCAUAUGUUUAUUUUUAUAGAAAAUUUCGAAGAAAUAUUGGAAUGUCACCACUAAUAUACUGGUUUUCAUUAAUGGUCUUAUAAGUGUCUUGUUGUUUGCCUUUUUUACUAAAUUUGUGAACACAGCUCAAACAAAUAUCAAUGAUGUUAUGACUCUUUCUUUAAUAUCAGGUUUGCAAUAAGGGUUAUUCGCUAUGAGCUUUUUUUUAAUUUAGUCUAACUACAUCAUGCAGAGUUUAUCGAUGCUAAGCUUCUUUCUUAUACUGAUGGGAAUUUUUACUCAAUUUUAGAAUUAUAGAUUAUGGACGUAAUACCUGCUUCUUAUUUUUACAUGUUAUUUAUUAAGAUAGAAUGAAAAGACAAAUAGAUUGAAUUAUCUACUAAUUCACAAGUCUCAUUAGAAUUUAGAAGCUUGUAAGAAACUUUAUGAUGAAACAGUUCCAACAUCUAUAAUAAUUUUGGAAGAGAACAUAUAAUAAGAAGGGGUGAAUAAAAAUGAAUUAUUAAAUUCAGUGGUUACACAAAAAGAAAAAUUAUAUACAUUGGAUAACAGACUUAUGAAUGUAGCAUACUUUAAUAAAAGUGCAUCUAUUCAUUUUGAAACGGUAGAUGAGGAGAUUCUAACAGGAAGAUUGGCUGAAAUAGAAAUAUUAAAUUCAGAAAAUUCAGUUCUAAAUUCUGAAAAAAACAAACUUUUAGAUAAGAUUUCAGGAUUACAUUCCACAUUGCAGACUGAAAUGCGUUUUAAUACAAUCAACUCUUUCGAUUACUAAAUUAUGUCAAUAAAUAGAAAAAUGUAGUGUCAGAGAGUAUAAAUAUAUUAAUUUUAGGUUGUUAAAUAAUCGUAAGUGCAAUAUUAUGAUGCCUAAGCUUAAGGUUGCUUAUGGGAUGGAAAAUAAUGUAUAAUGUUAAUACUGAAUGAUACUACUGAUAGAGUAUUAAGAAUAAAGCAUCUCCAAGAUUUAGACAAUUAUAAAGAUAAAUUAUUGGCUGCUGUUUCUCAUGAUCUGAAAACUCCAUUAAAUGGUUAAAGUAUUCUUGCUAAUUUGAUUAAAACAAAGAUGGAAAAUAAACAGUCUAUGGCUAAAUUUGAAAUUUAGGGUAUUUUUAAAAUGAAUAAUAUUUUAGAAAUUGUUGUUCAUAUAGAUGACAUGAUUUCAAAUUAGUAAAUACUUUUAGUUAUGAUAAAUGAUUUGAUUGAUUAUUCAUAAUUAAAAAAAUAAGGAUUAAGAUUAAAUUACACCUAAUUUGAUCUUUCUGCAUGCGUGCAACAAAUUAAGAAUAUGUUCAAAAUGUAAAUGGAAUUUAAAAAACUAUAAUUCAUUAUUUAAGGAUUAAAUGAAAAGAUCAUUAUGUAUUCAGACUAGAUUCGACUUUAAUAGAUUUUAUUUAAUCUAAUUUCUAAUGCAAUUAAAUUUACUUACUAAGGAUAAAUUACACUGGCAAUUAAUAAGAUAUGUUCUGGUAAUCAACAAUUAAUUCAUUUCUCUGUCUAAGAUACCGGAAUUGGAAUACCUUCACAAAUCUAGAGUAAAUUAUUCAAAGCGUACUCGACCUUUAAUUUAGGAAAUUAAAACUCACAAGGAGUAGGAUUAGGAUUAGUAAUCUCCAGAAAUCUAGUUGGCCUAUUAGGUCCAAUUGAGUUUAUAGAAAUGAGUUCGGUGGAAAAUAAAGGAUCGAAUUUCAGUUUCUCGAUAUAUCUGAAUGCUCAGCAUAAAGAAUGCGAUUUUAUUAACAGUUUAUAGGCUGAUAAUGGAACUCCUGACAAUGAUCCAUCUCCAAUUCAUCGAAUGCCUAAUCCUAUAAUCAGAAGAUAGGAUAGAAAAUAUUAAACAGUUGUUGAAAUGUCCACAAGUUUAUAUUAAAAAUUAAAAAUACUAAUUGUUGACGAUACAAGUUUUAACAUUUAUGUCUUAAAAUAACUAUUAAAAUAAAUUAUUAUUAGAUGUGAGAUUUAUGAAGCUCAUAAUGGUAAGGAAGCAUUAGAAAAAGUCAAAUCCAUCAGAUUUGAUAUUAUAUUUAUGGAUAUCAAUAUGCCAAUUUUGGAUGGCAUCCAGGCUACCAAAUAGAUAAGAUUGUUUGAAAGAAAACACGAUUUUUAAAAGUCAAUAAUCUGUAUGCUUUCGGCUUUCUAAGGUGAAAGUGAUCUUAAAGAGUCUUUAGCAAUAGGAGCAGAUCUGUUUUUAUCAAAACCCUUAGAAGUUCCAGCUUUAAAAACAAUACUGGAAUCACUUAAAUAUAUUUGA